UAGAGACCCGAAAACGCGCACGCACAAGGGGGGAGGGAGGGAGGGAGAUGCUGUGAGCAUAUCUCAUUUCUCGCGCGGAUUGCCUUUUUAAGUGGGAGAAGGGAAAGCUUCUGCGGUUGGAGAUCGUUUUGUUGGAGUUCAAACCAAGCCAUCCAAGGCUCAUGGCGACGGCCACCAUGGCUACUGCGGCUGGCGCUGCUGCUCUGUUGUACUACACUCUGAAUCGCAAGAUGCUCACGGAAGCUUCCCCCGAGGAUGGCGACGACGGUCAUGUCGGGUCCGGCCACGCCCCGUUGGGCAUCGAUCGGGUCUCGCACCGGCUCGUCCGGGCGCCGGCCACCUGGCUGGAGACCAUCGCCACCUUGUCGGAGACUCUGAGGUUUACUUACUCGGAGACCCUCGGUAAGUGGCCGAUUGGGGAUCUGGCAUUCGGGAUCAGCUUCCUUCUCAAGAGGCAGGGAGACUUACCAGUUGGCGCCGUAUUUGGUGGUGAAGAUAGCUUUCAGCUAAAAGGCCAUGAAAUUGUUGUUGAGCUUAGAUAUCUCCUGAAUUUGUUGACUCUCUGUUGGCAUUUUUCCAAAAAGACUUUCCCUGUGUUUCUAAAGGAGACUGGGUACUCUGAAGAGCAAGUACUUCUUCAGGAACCAAAAGCAGGAAUUUUAAAGCCAGCUUUUACCAUCUUGGUUGAUCACAACACAAGAUGUUUUCUUUUAGUGAUUCGUGGAACACAUAGCAUUAAAGAUACUCUGACUGCUGUUACUGGAGCUGUGGUACCAUUUCAUCACAGUGUUGUACAUGAGGGGGGAGUUAGUAACUUAGUUCUGGGAUAUGCGCAUUGUGGAAUGGUUGCAGCUGCUAGGUGGAUUGCCAAGCUUGCAACUCCUUGUCUCCUCAAAGCGCUUGGCGAGUAUCCUGAUUAUAAGCUCAAGAUUGUCGGGCAUUCUUUGGGUGGAGGCACAGCGGCACUUUUAACUUAUGUUUUGCGUGAGCAAAAGGAAUUAUCAACUGCUACGUGCUAUACAUUUGCUCCAGCUGCAUGCAUGACAUGGGAAUUGGCAGAAUCUGGCAAUGACUUUAUCACCACUAUAAUAAAUGGAGCUGACUUAGUUCCUACAUUUUCAGCAGCUUCAGUGGAUGAUUUGCGAGCAGAGGUUACUGCAUCUGCUUGGCUGAAUGAUCUGAGGAAUCAAAUCGAGCGUACCCGCAUUCUUAGCACUGUUUAUCGAUCUGCAUCGGCUCUGGGAUCCCGUCUUCCAUCGAUGGCCAGUGCAAAAGCAAAAGUUGCUGGAGCUGGAGCUAUUCUGCGUCCAGUUUCAAGUGGCACUCAGGUGGUUAUGAAGCGAGCACAGAGCAUGGCGCAGGCCGCAUGGACACGUCCUAGCCUUCGUUUAUCAUCAUGGUCAUGCAUGGGUCCCCGUCAUCGGGCCACUACCUCUCGUUCAAGUUUCAAUGAGGAAAGUAACCUAGAAUGUUCAAGCUCUGAGACAGCAAACGGCGGGCCUCUUCUUUCUUACCAGCGCAAAACCACAGGGAAAACUAUGAUGGGAACUGUCGAACUUCCUGUAUCUUCUGCUGAAGGGAUUGAAUGGACAUCCGAAAUCGAAUGUUCAUGUUCUGAAGAAGUUAAUGGACAUGCCAAUGGUGAUGCUGAUGGGGACGGUGGUGAGGACCUCACCAGUGACGAUAGGCAUGAGGACCGUUUGACUGAAGUUGAGUUGUGGCAGCAACUAGAGCAUGAUCUAUACAGUAGGAGGGAUGGCGAGGAGACAGAUGUGGAGAAGGAAAUUAGAGAAGAAGAAGCAGCUGCAAUGGCCGAGGUAGGUGAAGCACAGCCAGAGAGCUCUGCCACAGAAAUCAAGGAAGCGCACAGAUUUUUUCCUCCAGGGAAGAUCAUGCAUAUAAUAACCCUUCACUCUGAUGAAGCUGAAAGUGACACCCCUAAUACAUGUGAAUCGGACACUAGUUUGGAAAGCAAAGUCGGGAUUUUCCUUACUCCGCGUUCAUUAUACAGUAAAAUCAGGUUGUGUCAAACUAUGGUUGCUGACCACUUCAUGCCGGUCUACAGAAGAAAGAUUGAAAAGCUCAUAGGAGAACUUGAGAAGGAAGGAGUAGGUGAUGAAGGUGAUUAUAGCUUAACUGAGAACACAAUAGAGGUUGUAUUAUAGGGAGUGAGAAGGUAUCAAUUACUUCGGAUGACCAUCACGCCGCAACCUCGAGGUUUUUGCAAAUUUGACCCUUAAUUUCUAUGUGGAGGGAAAAGUAGCUGUAGCCUACUGACAGUUUUCUUAGUAGAAGUGCUCUAGCUCUUCUUGGCAACAAAGGUGCCAGAAGGUUUAACAGGUAUGACCUCAGUACAGUUCCCCAUACGCUAACCCAUUGUAAAGUUUUUGGAUUAAAAUUAGAUCUCUUUGUUUUUCGUUUUCUUCUCAGUCUGCUUUGUUACCUAAAAAAGAUCUCCCAAAUGCGAUUAUAUUGGUUUUCAUCUGUAAAAUUGUUUCGAAAGUCCAAUUGGUUA